UUCGAGUGCAGCAAAAUUGGGUAAAGGAAGAGGAAUCCUUUAUGUUCACUAACCAACAUAGACUUGACUCAACCACUUGACCAAGACAGCCAUCGCAUGCAUCACACUCAAGACAUCAGAAUCAAAAUCGAGCCAUCUAGGUCCUCGCCGGGGUAAAGAGCAUAAAGAACAAGGAAAUGAAUCGCUCACUCUCGACCAGUGGGGCCAGGACACUUUGAUGUGAAAAAUGCGCAUGCUUAUUCUCUCAAAUCCUAACGUCUCUUCACCAUGAUGGCAGCCUCUAAAUGUUAGAGUUCAUACAAGGGAUGUCACCACUAACUAAUCUGGAGGUCUUAGACACAGCUUCAAGUGACUAGCUAGGGUCUUGGACAUGGAGAAAAGUCUUUUAGGUGGUGGAAGUAUUCAUAGCACAAGGUUCCACAGUUCCAAACCCAACACAUUCCCAACCAAUCAAACCAGUAACUUUCUUUCUGUCAUUCUGCAUUACUCAAAUUCUCUAGAGCACAAGAGCGAAGGAGGUCACAUAAAUGUUAGUAUUUACAAGCCAGACUGCUAAAAAACACUACUUAAUGAGCAUGAUUCAGAAUUCUGGGUAGUGGCUCUCUUUUGAUUUCAUUCAUUUUUUUCUUUUUCUUUUUUUCUUCAUUUUUUCAUUUCUUGAGAGAACCACCACCUCUGCACAUUUUUCAAACACAUGCCCAAUUUUUAAGCAUUACCUCCAACCUUCACAUUAAAUUUAGCAGAAACAACAGAGAACAUGCAAAUACCACUCUGUGGAACCUUCUAAGAGAUGCAAAAAGGUGAUUUUCCAUUGUAGACCGAAAGAAAGAAAAGUGCACUGCUCAAAGGGGCUGACUAGGGGGUAUGACACACCAGGACAGUCAAUUUGGUCGUGGGCUAAUCCUAUGCCUCCAUCAUCUCAGCUAGUGACAACGUGAAUGCUACACAUCAUGGAAGAGGGGUCUAUCGCACAAGAAAGAAACGAGCAGGCUCAAAUCUCAUAUGGCUACCUAUAUGCUCUAUCUCUCAUUCUGAUUCCCUGAACUAGAUGCAUAAACGACUGUCAAGAGCAAGUUAUCAAUCCAAGUCACAGUUGGUAAGCAAACAGUUGGAGAAAAAAACUGAACCCCUACACAAUUCUACUGCACGUCUCAGUCAUCAUCAUAGGUUGUCCUAGUUACAAUCAAGCUAUCAUGCAUUAAUUCAAAAUCCAUUCGAUUCAUCAAUCAAAUCCACAAUGCCAAUAUGAUCAUGCAAACCUCAAUACUUGGAGCCCUCAAAUCUCGAGAUUUGGGCAGCGGACUAGGCUCCAAGCACACAUAUACAGAUUCCAACCAAUAUAAAGCACCCCUCCCCCCCCCCCCACACACACACACUUAAGUUCGACAUUUCCCUCAAUGGAGCAGAGGGAAAGAGAAGGGGAACGAUGUUACCGAAGAAAAGACUGUCAGGGGACUGGAAGUGGACCAGUCAGCGAGGCUAGCAUCAGCAAAACACACUGGGUGAUAGAAACCAUAGUUCCAAGUGGACAAACCGAAAAUAAACGAAAGGAAAACAAACCUUGGUGGGGUUUCCUCCCCACAAGAGCUUCUUUAUCGUCUUUUAGCUGGACGUCAAUAGGAUGGAUGCUCAGAGAGGUGUAGGAACAUGCACUCGACGAGUGUGACCACCAACACUCUUCAACUCGACCUGGCCAUCCGGCAGGAUGCAAGCGAGUGAAUACUCAGAUGGCCAAGGCGGUCGAGGCUGAGGAGCCGAGACCAGCUCAUAGUGGUCUCUUUUCUUCCUUUUCAGCAGGCUUAGCUACCUGCAGUUUCGGCCGCCACUCCUCCUUGAUCUUUUCCUUUGAGAACGGGGUGGAUGGGAGUGGUGGCGAAGGUAUGGGAGGUGGAUCCUGCAAAAUGGGAGGCACAGAAGGAUACACGACAGACUCGUGCUACCGGUGAGAAACAACAUGUAAAGGCGAUGAAGCGGAGAGAGUAUUGGCAAUUGGAAAUGUUCACUACAACAAAUUUGCUCUAUUGUGACAAAAUUUAACUUUUUGUCACUUACGGUUUGUCACAAUAGAAGGUGUAAUAUGACAAAACUCAAAUUUUUCCUAUUUGGGAUGCCUAAUGUGACAAGUUAAUGUGUUGUCAUUAGUGUUGGGCAUAGUAGAUGGGUAAUGUGACAAACAUCUUGUGUCACAUAUGUUAUUGUCAAAAUAGGCAUUCCAUAUCCGAUUGUAUGGGACUAAAAUAUGACAAAAUUAAUUGUCAGAGUAGCUUUCGUCAUAUUAUGUCAUCAUGAUAUAUUUAAAUGACAAACCAAUUUGUCAUAAUGGGGAUUAUGAUUUCCAACACGAGCCGACAAAAUAACGGUUCGUCAUAAUAUAUGGCUUUAGUUUUGUUAUGUCAAAUCCAGUUGUUAGAAUAACUAUUUGGCCAAUUAACAUAUAUUUUUUCAUUUUGUUUGGUGAAAAUUAGAGAUCGGCGGCCAACUUUUCAGUGUUGGGAAAUUUUCCCUCUCCUUCCCUUUGUUAGACAGAAAAGUACUCCUCUUCCUCCCCACUUGAAAACCUGAACUUCCUCUAAAAAACAUAGCAGCCAGUGUAACCUAGGGCAUGAACAGCGCAUCAUCAAAGGUAAUAAUUUUUAUUAUGUAUUUAGGGCACGAAUCGAAUUUAAUAGGUUUCAUCUCUCCUUUUCUUUUGUUGAUUCUGAUACUGCAUAUUGCCUUGGUUUGGGGGAAGACGGAGAACUAAGCGUCAAAAUCGAUUAGGAGAAGGAAGACGGAGAUUAAGCGGCGCCUAGCGGCGCCUAGUCAGUUGAAGGCGCCAUUAAGCGAUGCCUAAUAUGGUGAGGCGUUGAGCUGCUUCAUCGAGAGUUAAAUGGAGUAAGAUGUAAUCAUAUGCAACCUCUCUCUUCUAUGUCGUUGUUCUUGAUUUCUAGGGUUAGAAAGGAGGAUUUUGUGUGGUCUCUCUCUUCUUCUCAAAUCCCUUUUCGUUGUUGUCGGCAACAACUUUGCUUGAAGGCGUGCAUCACGGAGGUGCGGUGGUGGCGGACCAUGUAGAUGGUGUUGUCGUUGCCGCGGCAGAGAACCGAGAGCUUUUCAAGAUCGAAGGAGAGGAGGGAGGAGGAAGUCGUUGUGGCAGGGGCAGAGAGAGGGGGACCGGGAAGCGAGGACGUUGUCAACAUAGAUUCCAGGGAGCCGGAGGUUGAAUUGGCGUUGUUGGAGGAUGGCUAUUAGCUAUCCACUUGCUCACUUGACUCAACCAACACACUUCAAUCAAUUAUAAUCCAACAAUAUCACAAUCUAAACGUCGUUACAACAAUGAUCCCUAACACAUAGAACUAGAGUUCUUCAUACCCAAGUGAGAGAGGGUUCUACUCCAUAGAGAGAGAGAGAGAGAGAGAGAGAGAGGAAAACAGGAAACAAAACAGUCAUACUCAUCAAGAUGGGAAGAAUCUGCUCAGGGAUGAUGAUCUUCACUCCAAGGAUGAUUUCCAAGCUUGAUUGAUGCAACCCAGCUCCAAAACCACUCUUAGGGGGUGUUUUCGCACUUUCUCUCUCUAGAGCUCUGUUUUUGCUCCAGAAAAUCGAUUCCCUCUCCUUUGGCUCGAAAUUGGGUUGAAACCCAGAAUUUCCCGACCACACGGCCGUGAAAUAACGUACUAGGACCUGAAAUAACACAAACGAGAACAACCUAGCGUGAAAUCGGCCUAAGAUACGAGAAAUGAAGCUCAAACGGCAUA